CCUUCAUGACCCCUCCCCCCAAAAGGUUUUUUAGUGAAGUGCCCCUCCCACCUCAAGGCCAAAGGAACACCCUCAGGUCCAGCCUCACGCCCACCCUGUUUCUCCUCCCUCACCUUUUUGCCUGUAUUUCCUUCCUCCUCUGUGACUCAGUCAGAGGCAGAAUGUGUUUCUCCUUAUCCCUGCAGCUUUCUGAAGUGGUUGUUUCUCUUCUUUUUCUUAUCUACCAGAUGAUGAACAGGAGAAGAACAAUUGCCCAGGAACACCUGGGGCAUCAGGUGCAGAAAGAUAUAAACAAGGGGGAAAACAGAGAAUUGAACAUCCAACUAGGCAGGAAUGGAUGUCACAUGAAAGAACAUGCAUAGAAUGUGGAAAGAGCUUCAGUUACAGUAGUAACCUGAGUAGACAUCAAAGUACUCACACUGGGGAGAAACCAUAUAAAUGCAUAGAAUGUGGAAAGAGCUUCAGUUACAGUAGUAACCUGAGUAGACAUCAAAGUACUCACACUGGGGAGAAACCAUAUAAAUGCAUAGAAUGUGGAAAGAGCUUCAGUUACAGUAGUAACCUGAGUAGACAUCAAAGUACUCACACUGGGGAGAAACCAUAUAAAUGCAUAGAAUGUGGAAAGAGCUUCAGUUACAGUAGUAACCUGAGUAGACAUCAAAGUACUCACACUGGGGAGAAACCAUAUAAAUGCAUAGAAUGUGGAAAGAGCUUCAGUUACAGUAGUAACCUGAGUAGACAUCAAAGUACUCACACUGGGGAGAAACCAUAUAAAUGCAUAGAAUGUGGAAAGAGCUUCAGUUACAGUAGUAACCUGAGUAGACAUCAAAGUACUCACACUGGGGAGAAACCAUAUAAAUGCAUAGAAUGUGGAAAGAGCUUCAGUUACAGUAGUAACCUGAGUAGACAUCAAAGUACUCACACUGGGGAGAAACCAUAUAAAUGCAUAGAAUGUGGAAAGAGCUUCAGUUACAGUAGUAACCUGAGUAGACAUCAAAGUACUCACACUGGGGAGAAACCAUAUAAAUGCAUAGAAUGUGGAAAGAGCUUCAGUUACAGUAGUAACCUGAGUAGACAUCAAAGUACUCACACUGGGGAGAAACCAUAUAAAUGCAUAGAAUGUGGAAAGAGCUUCAGUUACAGUAGUAACCUGAGUAGACAUCAAAGUACUCACACUGGGGAGAAACCAUAUAAAUGCAUAGAAUGUGGAAAGAGCUUCAGUUACAGUAGUGCCCUGAGUUCCCAUCAAAGAACUCACACUGGGGAGAAACCAUAUAAAUGCAUGAAAUGUGGAAAGAGCUUCAGUCAGAGCGGUGACCUGAGUUCCCAUCAAAGAACUCACACUGGGGAGAAACCAUAUAAAUGCAUAGAAUGUGGAAAGAGCUUCAGUUACAGUAGUAACCUGAGUAGACAUCAAAGUACUCACACUGGGGAGAAACCAUAUAAAUGCAUGGAAUGUAGAAAGAGCUUCAGUCACAGUUGUAAUCUGAGUUUACAUCAAAGAACUCACACUGGGGAGAAACCAUAUAAAUGCAUGGAAUGUGGGAAGGACUUCAGUCAACGCAGUCACUUGAUUUCACAUCUAAGAAUUCACACUGGGGAGAAACCAUAUAAAUGCAUGGAAUGUGGGAAGAGCUUCAGUCACAGCAGUUCCCUGAAUUUCCAUCAAAGUACUCACACUGGGGAGAAACCAUAUAAAUGCAUGGAAUGUGGGAAGAGCUUCAGUCACAGCUCUAAGUUCAGUUCACAUCAGAGAAGUCACACUGGGGAAAAACCAUAGAAAUGGAUGGAAUGUUGGAAGAGCUUCAGACAGAGUGAUCAACUCAAGCCACAUCAAAGAACUCACACUGGUGAUAAACCCUAUCAAUGCAUGGAAUGUGGAAAGUGCUACAGUCAUGUUAGGUAUUUGUUUAAACUGAAGAAUUGUUAAUACAGUUUUUAUAUGAUUGUAAGUGUUUGUAAGAAUGGAAACAGUAGGAAAGGUCUGUAAAUUUUAUGAUAUAAUACAGCUGUAAGAGGAAUAAGCUAGUAGGGCUGAAUGAGAAUAGCUGUGGAAACAAAAUGCUGAAUGAGGAAUCUACAGAAGCUAAUCAAAAAUUGGCUGAAGAGGAAGAUAAUUCCAACAGUUCCAGCAUACUCAAUCUUGAGGGUUGUGGGUUGACAGGAGAAGAGGGAGGAAAUGCUGCUGGAUGGAUUUAUGGCUUUGUAUUUACCACGGAACUCUGAUUUAUUGGCUUGGUAAAACUGACUAAUUGCUACUCUGUUAUGCUCUUAUGUAUAUCCCUUGGGAAGAGGUUGUUUUGCUGAGAGAUGAAGCACUUCUCUCUCUCACACACACACACACACAGAGAGAGAGAGAGAGAGAGAGAGAGAGCUAUCAGAAAGGAACACAGAACCACAUAAUUUGUUUUCAUGGACUACAAAAACAGAUGAUGGAACUGAUGCAGGGUGAAAUUCCUUAGAAAAGAGGAAAGAUCACCAUGUGGCAGUGACAGCCAGCAAUGGAUUUUACAUACGGCUGGGUGAGAACAGCAUAUUCUACGUGUUAACAGCCCGUUUAGAACCAAAUAAUGCUUUUGACUUUGUAUAUAUUUAUUUUUAAAGUUUAAAUGCUUUUGCAUGUCUUCAUUGAAAAUCAUAAGGUUUUUUGCUUUUUGUCAUUUUAUUCUUAGAAAGUGUUCUUUCUAGAUUAUGAGCUCCGGUGUUUUGAUGUUUGUAUUUUUGAUUCAAACAUGUCUUAAAAUUUGCAGAUAACCUCAAUUUAAAUACCCACUGUUACGGUAGUGGUGACAUCAUCUGCCCGUCAUUGCUGUGGCUGCGUGUCAUCUGACAAUAGCGUGAUGGGAGGUGGGACAUAAGAGGGUGGAGCUAAGGUGUUUAAGGGGGAAUGAAUGAGGUGUGAGUCAUAGGGUUUGAGAUAGGGACUUGAUAGGGUCUUGUUAGGGACUUGGGGAGUUAAGGCUUGUACAUGUUGUGUAGUACUGUGCUAUAUAGAGAGUGAAGGUCUGAGUGUGUGUGUGUGUGG